AUUAUUGGACGGGAUUUCGCUAGAAGUUACUUGUAGUGGUAGACGUUAGUGGUGGCCCUAUUGGCAUCUAUUGAUACAGUUUAAAAACCUAGAUACUUCCAAUUUAUAAUUUGUUCUUAAGUUUUGUGAACAGUGGGGUUUCUCUUGACUGCGGUUGCUGGACUUGCUGAUGUUUAUAGCAUACCUGAUUCAUGGACGUGUUGACUAGUCUAGUAUGUCUUCUGCUCAAGGCAAACCGCAUGCUUGCGAGCGAUUUAUCUGGAAGUUCUUCGUGAAUUCUUUCAUUGGGAUAACACAUUCAUUUUUGUAAUUGCCCAUUGAUGCCGUUAAAUGUUGAUCAUGUUUUUUUUUUUAAUAUAGAGAUUAUUAGAAUAAACUGUAUUCAAUGCAUUUUGUGCAAUUGGUUCUUAGCCUAUAUUAAAGUGUACAGAAAAUCACUUAUGGAUUCAACCAAUGGUCAAAAUGUUUUGAUUAAUCAAAGGCCAGUAUGACUUAAAUAUUUUCAAAACGAACCUCAAACAGUCGCAACAGGGCGCGCCUGUGUGGUUAGAUCACUGUACUACUUUUUAGUUUUGCGCAGUUUUUUCUCUGAUGGUGGUUUCAGUUCCUGGUAGAUUUCCACUGCUGAUCUGUCGAAUACUUUUCCAAUUAGUGUUGCGACUGGGGGAAGAAUUUUUUUAUGUUGGUCUACAUUCUUGAUUUGUUUUUAUGGACCGUUAUCAAUUAAAUGGCCAGUAAUUUUGGACACAACUUAUGAGGGAUGGGAACCUCCUUGCAAAGCAAAACCCAUAUGCAUUUGAAACUCCUUUAGACAUAUUUUGCAAUGAUACUUGUUUACUUACUGGUUAACUUUGAUAUAUUCCACAUUUUCUAAUGAACAUUUUCAAGUUGAAGUAAGCAGUUGGUAGAAAUACUAUGGGUUACACUAGGUGGUUUCCACUUACAGGCGUAUCGAACAGAAAGCGUAUUUAGAAGCAACCUAAUCUGUGCGCACGCAAGACGGAAUGUACAAAAUGCGACACUUCCAAGCGCGAAGAGAGCGUGAACUCAGGCUACUCUUAAAGGGGCCGCCAGUCCUUUUUUAUUUCAAAAUAUGCACUGCGCUGUCAACUUAAACAUGGAACACCGGUGUCAAACCGAUUCCAAUGAGGGCCUAGUGUAUGCUGUUUUUUCCCCAUGUAAUUAGUGUCAAAAUGAAGAGUCCAAAAACCAGAUUAUGGGAGAUCCUAACUAAUUAGUGACCUAAUUAAUAAAUCAAGUACACGGUAAAAAGGGAACCUGCUGACACUCUACCCUCCGUGGAACCGGUUUGACAGCUGUGCAUUAAUAGGUUAACUGAAAAAAGUUACAACUACCAUAAAAGCAUAACUCUUAUCUCUAAAAUGUGCAUUUUAUCAAAGUGAAAUACAAUAUUCUGCAGUUAAAAAAAGCUCACAAUUUGUAAAUUACUGUUGGGGUUAACUGUGUUAUCUAAUAUCAAUAUGUAAUCUGCUUUUUUGGCGGCAACCAUUACAAGUCCUCUUUCCAACUGACCACAUCAAUCAUGGCUUGUCGCUAUUUAUAUGUCAUGAACAGGAGUUGCUGCUGAGCUGUAGUCUUGUUGAUAUGACUCUGACACCAUGGCCUCAUCGGCAGAUGGCUUCAUUCAGUUUACCCGCCAUGCCGGGGAUGUUUUGCUCAACUUUUACCGACUCCGCAGUAGAAAUAUCCUGACCGACGUCACUAUCCAGAUUGAUGGACAGUGUUUCUGCGCUCACAAGACAGUCCUCGUGGCCUGCAGUGGACUCUUUUACUCCAUAUUCACGGAUCCCCUGAAGAGUAACCUGAGUACAAUUAGCCUGGACCCCAAAGUUGACCCUGAUGGGUUUGCCAUCUUGCUAGACUUCAUGUACACCUCAACCCUGACCCUGAAGGAUAGCCUGGUUCUAGCUACCAUGAACACAGCCUCGUUCCUACAGAUGGAACAUGUGGUGGACACCUGCCGUAGAUUCAUCAAGUCCAGAGAGCAGUUUGUGAGUAUGCAGAGAGAGGAAGUACUGGCCAGCCCGAUGCGUCUCUCUCAGGACCUCCCAGUUUUCAGGGUCCUGGAUGGGGUGGAGGCCAACAGCAGCCGCAGUUCCCCAUCUUCCCUCAGGGAUUGGAGCAGCUACAGCCCCAGUGUGUUCAGUGGCAUCAAUGCUUCGGGUAGCUCCCACCACAUCCACGGACAACACCUCCCAAUCCCCGUUGGAAAGCUGCCAGAUGCCCACACUGUCGGUGACCUCCACCAAGGGGCCACCGUCUUCCAGAAACCCGGCUCUCCUGUGAAUCGCGUAGAGGACACUGCCAUCAUCCACCACUCUCUGUCAUGCCACUCCUCAUCCUCCUCUGUCGCCAUCACCCGACCUCUCCCCUGCACAAGCUGUCAGUCCGUGGCUUUUGGGGGCCUCCAGGGCUCUGAAAACGGAGGGGCCUCUGACAUGGAAGAGGACAGCAUCCAGCACCCCAAGCCCGGCUCCCUCAGCCUGUCCCCAGGUUGCAGCAAGGGGGUGAUCUGCAGCCCCAAAAGCCCCCUCCGCUCUGACUGCCAGCCCAACUCCCCCACCGAGUCCAGUGGAUGCAGCAGGAAUGUUGCCCUGGCCCUGACCCGGCCCUCUGGCUGCUCCCAGGAGAACAAGGCCCGCAACUGGAAGAAGUACAAGUUCAUCGUGAUGAACCAGACCUCCGGGGAGAAGGAGGAGGACGGGGCCCGGGGAGGGAGCGUUGAGGCCGGUGACUGUUCCCCUCUCCGGGGCCCCUGUGGGAGCAGCGGAUCAGAAGGACCAGUGGGAGAGCUGCAGGCUGGGGAGAGGCUCGGUGUGCACGAAGAUGAGAUCCUCAGCCCGCAGGCCAGCCAUUACAGCCGGCUGACAUGCUCAUCCUGUGGCACGAAUGCCCCUCAGCACCUGGAGGUGUGUCCCCGCUCCCCUGGUUCCUUCAGUGGGGAGGACGCCAAUGAGCUGCACUCGGAGUACUCCGACUCAGGCUGUGAGAACGGUUCCUACUUCUGCAAUGAGUGUGACUCGAAGUUCGCCGAGGUGGACUCCUUGAAAGGCCACAUGCUCCAGGUUCACGCCGACAAACCGUACAAGUGUGACCGAUGUCAGGCGGCGUUUCGGUACAAAGGGAACCUCGCCAGCCACAAGACUGUCCACACUGGGGAGAAGCCGUACCGCUGUAACAUCUGCGGAGCUCAGUUCAACCGGCCGGCCAACCUCAAAACCCACACCCGUAUCCACUCUGGAGAGAAGCCCUACAAGUGUGAAACGUGCGGCGCUCGUUUUGUACAGGUUGCACAUCUCCGUGCCCACGUGCUGAUUCAUACCGGAGAAAAACCCUAUCCCUGUGAGAUCUGUGGGACACAUUUCCGCCAUCUACAGACUCUUAAGAGCCACCUACGCAUCCACACGGGAGAGAAGCCCUAUCAUUGCGAGAAAUGUGACCUCCACUUUCGCCACAAGAGUCAGUUGAGGCUGCAUCUCCGGCAGAAGCACGGUGCCAUAACAAACACCAAGGCCCAGUACCAGCGGACCAACACGAACAUGACCGUCGGCUUGGCCGAGGUCUGCUGAAUGGGAAACCGAUGGUGGAGUGUAACUGGCUGACAACCCACUUGUGUUGUCAAAGAAACGUGUUGUCAUGACGUCUUGGUAGCACACUGGCAGAGACUGUUGUGUUCGUUAGCACUGGUGGAUGGCUUUCCUCCGAAUGUGAAUACACAACCAUAUUUUAUCAUUCACAGCCAUUGUAUUUGUAUGUUUGUGUAUAUAAGUACAGUGUUACCUGUGAUAAAAUGUUUGUGUUUAAAGAUAGUGGCGUACAUUUUUCCUAAAGGAGUAUCUCAUGAUGGAAUGUACAUUUUGGAAAAAAAUCCUACAUCAGGCAAUAUGCUUUUCCUAAUGUGUUUGGUAUUCACUUGUGUAUUACCUUUUUCGUUACCUUUUUUCUUUCCUAAGACCCUCAAUAAUACUGAACAUUGAAUUCUCAUUCAUAUUGAGAAACGCUGUCAUGUUGGUACAUCCUGCUAUAGAUGCAGUCUAUGGAGGCAUGCUCAGCUGGAGGUGAGCUAAUAUGUUCUUAUGUCCUUUGAAUUUUAUAUCUUAUAUACUGUGAAUAUAUAUAAUGUUAUGUGUCCAGAUUGACCUCUGCUGGCAGAGUACUUGUCUGUAAUUAGUUACUGAGGUACGCUUCUUGUUUUGUUAUGUUUUUUUGUGCAUUGAAAAUAAUAUAUUAUCCGACACUGUUCCAUACGUAUGCAGUGUAUUCAACGUGCCUUACACUGAGAGGUCCUCAGGAAUGUUACUCACAUUUGUCUUUAUAAACUGCAGAGAUUUAUGUGAAAUACAGUGUAAAUAAAAGUAUGUAUUAUGAAGAA